UACGACGAUCACCGAUCCCACCACCAGAUGGAGUCGUUUUAUUUCUUUUUUUUUUUUUGUAUAGGGAAGAGUGGGGUGAGUCGUAACGUCGUUGUACAUCUUUAUGAGUAAAAUAUUUUAAAACUCUGUUGUCUUCUUUAAACACGUGACAGAGUUACAGUUUUGUAUAUUAUUAACUAGACAUACUCUAUAUUCUGUAUUAUCUCUCUCUCUCUCUCUCUCUCUCUAUAUAUAUAUAUAAUUGUAAAUUCAUAGUGUAUAUCCUAAGUUAUCUUAAUAUAAUAUCUGCAUAUUACUUGUAUAUACACUGUAUUUUAUCCAUGGAUUAUCUGGGUUCUGUUGUAUAUACAAUGUGCAUCCAUCCAUCCAUCCAUCCAUUUUUUGUAAAGAUGUUUCAGAGCUUUUGGUCCUCGCAGUGCUUUUUGGACACAAAAUACUAUAGUAUAUCUAGAAACAAAAUGAGCAAUUAGGUUUAGUUUAAAUUUUAUAGUUCAUCCCUUCUGGGAACAUGAUUUUUUUUAAAUGUAAUGAGGUCAACCUGUACUUGCUUUGUGUCCGUCCAAUUAAACGUGCUCUAAAAUAUGUCCCCGCAGGUGGGUUUUGCUCUACGGUAGCAGCUUACAGCGUAGACCAUUUCUUUUCUCUUGGUUGCUAGAGAAAAAUGGUUGGAGUUUAUUCAUUUUGGUUAGGGUGGGGUUUGUGCAAGUCUGCAGGUCUAAGAAGUGUAUUGCUCCCUCAGAGUGAGCAAGAAUGCUUUGCGUUUUUAUAUACAGUCGGGGCUUCUCCAUCAGUAACAGUUCACACAUAUAAUUAGACUAAUUAGACUGGUGAUAAACUUGGCACGGAUUGCGUCACAGCAUUAUCUGAGGUACAGAGAGCGCGCCACGUUGAUCUCCUCCUUCCUGCACUCCUGAGAGAGAGAGAGCGAGAGAGAGCGAGAGAGAGAAAUCCAACAUCCUGUGUUAAGAGUGAACAUAGCGUGACCAAGAGUAAGUAAAUGAACAUCAUAGAGCAAGCAGAAAAUUUGCGCAAUUAGAAAUAGGAGAUGCACUACUGUAGCACUUUGCUUUAAUAUAACACACAAAGUUUUUCUGCUUCUCUGAGUGAAGAUGCUUACAGACGUGAUAGCAGAGGAGGAAUUCGAGAUUAAAGAGGAAGAACUGUGGUAUGACCACCGAGAUCUGGAGAAUGAUCUUCAUUUGGCCGCUGAGCUGGGCAAAAAUCUCCUGGAGAGGAAUCAUGAAUUGGAGGAAAGACUUCAGGAGACGUACACCACCAACCAAGAGCAGCUACAGGAAAUCGAGCAUCUAUCUAAGCAGGUGGAAAUGCUCAGGUCAGUGAAUGAUCAGCAUGCGAAAGUCUAUGAGCAACUAGAUGCGACUGCACGAGACUUGGAAAAGAGCAACCAAAGACUCGCCCUGGAAAACCGCUCAGCCCAGCUUAAGAUCGAGGGGUUUGGGUACACACCCAGUGAGCAUGCCGUAUCUGCGAACACUCCCUCUCUAGAGAAAGAUGAAUGGGAAGAGGAUGAGCACACAGCCCUUUUGCACUCAGUGCACUCACUGCAGGCCCAGCUGAAUUUAGAGCGAACCCUAAGAGAGACUGCUGAGCAGGAGACCGAGGCUCUGGCCCGAGAGAUGAGUGAGCUGGAGCCACGUGUGACUCUGCUGGAAGGCUAUAAGGCUCGCCUGUCUGAGGUGGAGGUUGAAGUCGAGGAACUACGGCAGCUGUUGCGUUCCAAUUCAGUCUCACACAUGCUUCCAGGCACUCUGUUCUUCCCUUCAGAGGAGGAAGUGAGUGAGAUGUGGGAGACAAGCCAAGUACUGAAGCGCUGCAACAACCACAGGCAGCUGCUUGAGGCUGGCAGCAAGGAUGAGGACCUGAGAAAUGGAGAACACCCUGAUGCCUACAGGGGGCAUUUAGUGACCGUGCAGAGCCAUGGCGUGUCACUGCUAAAUGAGGUGGACGCUCAGUACAACGCUUUACAGAGGAAAUACAACGCACUUCUGCGCCGCUGUGAAGAUGGGUCGCGGUCACAGUGCGACAAAGCUGUGCAGACAGCCACAGUCAAUCAGUGCUCAGUCAAACAGACAUGUUCUCAGGACUGUGCUCAGCUGCCUGAAUACAAAACGCUCUUCAAUGAGAUUUUCACUUAUAUACAGAAUAGCAAAAAGGACUUAGAGAUGAACAGGGCCAAGUCAAGUUAAAUGCAGUUCAAUACUGUGCACCUCCCAUGUUCAAGUUCCCAAGAUUUGUCCUCCAAAAAUCUCCCAGCAGGCAUCAGGUAUAAUAAGGCAGUGAGGGGAAUUAAGGGUCUGAAUUAACUGGAAUCGCAAAGGAAUACGGAUAUUUAAAGCACAGCCAAGCUAGAGCUUCAGAUCUCACAUUUUAUUGCAGAGA